GAUGGAGCGAGCGCUCCUCCGGCGCUCAGGUUCAUUCAGCACUGAGAGUCACCGCAGCAGCAUGAGGCCUCGCCUCCUCCCUCACAACUCACACAACUAAUACAGCGAACUGGAAACUCAGAAAAAGGGGUCUUUCUACGCUAAAAAACUACAAUGAGCCGAGUGGAAGAACUUUGUUUCGAAGCCCACAGGAUGGAGCUGCCGGAGGAGGAGGAGGAGGAGGAAGACUUCUACCCGUACGAGUUCGACGCCGAGGAGGAGCUGCCUGCUUACCGGGACGGAGAGGAGCUUUUAGCCGCUCUGCGACGGAAAGAAGAAGAGGUUCUGCUCGCUGCUCAGCUGGGAAAGGCUCUGCUGCUGGAGAACCGUCAGCUGAAGGAGGAGAGAGUGAAGCUCCAUGAGCGGUACACGGACCAGGUGGAGGAGCUGGAGCAGGCCAGGCACGAGCUGCGGCUGAAGCUGCAGGGCUCCCAGGCUCAGUGGGAGAGCCAGGUGGUGGAGCUGGAGCGGGACGUGCAGGAGCUGAGGGCUCAGGUGGAGGAGCUGACGCAGGCGCUGAGCGAGGCAGAGAGAGAGAAAAGCCGAAACCAGCAGCAGCACGCAGAGAUCAGCCAACAGCUCAGAGAACAGCUGCACAUAGCUAUGGAGGUGGAGCGGACGGUCACGGCUGAGCUCCAGAGCCUGAAACAGGAGCUGAGAGAACGAGGCCAUCCCAGACCGCAAGACGAGGAGCUGCUCAGUGCUCUCAGAGAACAGGUUGCACGGCUAACGCAGCGGGAGCAGGCUCUGUCUCAGCGCCUGGAGACGGUGUGUGAGGAGAACACGGAGCUGAAAGACAGUGUGUCCUCACUGCACACACGCCUCACCCUGCAGGAGCAGCAGAGUCAAACACAGACCCAGCAGCUGACGGAGGCAUGGCGGGAGGUGGAGGCCGCACAGGGCAGAGUGCAGGAGCUCCAGGCUCAGCUGGAGGAGAUGCAGGAGGAGGCGUCCCUACAGCGUAGCGGCCACGGGGACGCAUCCCUCCUGUCCGAAAUGGAGCACAGUCUAGACGCCAUGGGCUGGAGCCAAGACAAGGAGCAGGUCACACAGGAGGUGACCUCUAUCCUGGACAUGCUGCUUCCCGUGGCCCACGGCUCAGAGGCUCUCCGCGAUGAAGACGGCGAGCUGCAAAGCAUGCUGGGACAACUGAAAAGUGUGGCGGAAAGGAUAGCACAUGGUCAGACACUACAGGAGCUGAAGCAGCCCAUUGUGGAAGGAGGGAGUGUCCAGUGUGAGAAAACGGCCUUGUUACAGGAGCUGCGUGAUCAGAACGCCCGGCUUCUAGAAGAGAAUGCUGAACUCAGACUCAAAGCAGACAGCAGGCUGGAUGAAGAGAUCGUCCAGCGGGCUAUAAAGGACAGAGACGACGCUAUUGCUAAGAAAACAGCAGUGGAGGCAGAACUCCUGCGCAGUAAGAACGACAUAAUAUGCCUGAACAACCAGCUGCUGGAGGCCAUCCAGCGCAAACUGGAGCUGUCUCAGGAACUGGAAGCCUGGCAGGACGACAUCCAGAUAAUCAUCAACCAGCAGCUGAAGAGCCAGCACCAGACGGAGCAGCAGUCAGACCGGAAGCGGUCCGGAGCAGGCCGCCUCUCUUUCCUACGCAAACCCAGGAGGCCCUCGGCCUCGCCGUCCUGCACGCCAGAGAUCAGCCCAGCGCCCAACCAGUCUCCCUGGAAAGACUGGCUCAAACUGAGCAAAUAAACCCACCGGUGUUAUCACCGGGAAUGGACACGCGUCUGCCGUCCAGCCGACUGUAAUGGACGGAGAGGUAUCCGGCAUCCACUGCUGACCACGUCUCUGAUGCCCAAAGGUUUGGGCGCUCAAGCAGAGAUAAAGGAAAGUCGUAGAGAAGGCCGCUGUGUUUCUAAGGCCCGGAAACACUAGUGCCAUAUAAAGCCUUCAUGGACACAUUCAGAUAAAGUGCACAGUUAUCUAGAACCGCCAAACCUGAGACGGACUACCACGUCCUGAUUCCAACCAAGAGCACUUAGAUCAAAUAUCCUUAAUGCUAUUUAUUCCAGUGUUCACUGCUGACUUGUUGAAACACAAGGGAAAAAAACCUGUGGUAGAGCUUCUAGAUAUUAGUAGCUAGAACAGUUGCCUUCCUGCAGAGGGAGGAAUCAGGAAAGCAGCACAUGAGGACAUGAGAACGUAAGAGGUUUGGCUACAUCAAUUGACUGUUUGCAGAAUUCUGAGAAAGUCCUGCCUUCCCUUAGUUACCGUCGCUACGUCAGACUUUCAGUAGCGUCCACUUGUGCUUACAAACUAAGAAGUUCUGCAGUAAAACAUGAGAAGCUCACAGAGAACAUUUGGAAAUUUUUCAUGCAGAAAUAAACUGGCUUUAAAAGAUCUUCAGUACAGACAAAUGUGUCAGAAAAAAUAUGAAUGUAGGCCAGUUAAACAAACAAAAUUGUGGAAAGCACAUUUACAUUAAUCAAAGCAGGGAUGUUGUUUAGUCACUGAAUGUUCUCCUGUCUAAUAAGGAGGAGGUUUUAGUGACGGAAGGUGCCCCUUCAGAUGAGCUAAUGCUAAAGCUAACACUGGAACCUCGCCGUCUUUUACAUGUUUCAGCAAACUUUGAUGAAACAAUUCAAAGAAUGAGUGCAUUAAAAUUUUUACAGAGAAUGGUGUUUUAGGGCCACUGUUAAAAAAUUUUAAAUGGAAGACUUUGAGAAUAUUUUGAGACAAGAAAAGUCGUACGGUAGGAUAUUUCGAGAACAAAGUCGUAAUAUUUUGAGAACAAAGUCGUAACACUUCAAGAAAAAAGUCAUAGAAUUACGUCAUUAAAGGUGGAUAUUACCAGGAAAAUUCACAAUAUUGUGGCCAAAGGGUUUGCAAAAGGAAGGUAGCAACUUCCUCAUCUUAAAAUAAGGGACAUUGAGGAGUUUGAAGAGUUAUACUUUCAUAUCGAUUUCACCCAUAAAAUACUCAGUCUCCUCAGUUAUUAGUAUAAGAAACGGCUGAAACAGCUGUGCAAGAAACUGUGUUCAUUUAGAGUAAAGAACCAGAUGGACUCGGAGGAAACUGUCGGUUUUGUUGAAGGAGAACUCAGGCAGUGGCCAUAUAUACGGCUGCUGGUAGUUAGCUUUGUAGAUGGCCGUGCCAUUCGAAGAGGGCAUGUAGUUUCACAGGAGACAAUGAGAAUGAUAAUCAAAAUGAUCGAUCCUGAAGGGGAGGAACUCCAGAGCACUCGCAUCUUCGUCGUCGCCACUAUAGCACCCGGGGCCCCAAAGUGUUAUGGCAGCCGCCCCUACAAUUAGCAUACUUUAUCCGCAAAACAUUGAGUUUAUUCUUGUAACUUUACGACUUUACGAAAUAUUACGACUUUAUUCUCAAAAUGUCAUACCGCGUGACUUUUUAUCUCGAAAUAUUACGACUUUAUUCUCGAAAUAUUAUGAUUUUAUUCUCAAAAUGUCAUACCCUGUGACUUUUUAUCUUGAAAUAUUACUUUAUUCUCAAAAUGUCAUACCGUGUGACUUUUUAUCUCGAAAUAUUACAACUUUAUUCUCAAAAUGUCAUAUCGUGUGACUUUUAUCUUGAAAUAUUACGACUCAUUCUCAAAAUAUCAUACCAUGACUUUUUAUCUCGAAAUAUUACGACUUUAUUCUCAAAAUGUCAUAUCGUGUGACUUUUAUUUCGAAAUAUUACGACUUUAUUCUCAAAAUGUCAUAUCAUGACUUUUUAUCUCGAAAUAUUACGACUUUAUUCUCUAAAUGUCAUAUCGUGACUUUUAUUUCGAAAUAUUACGACUUUAUUCUCAAAAUGU